AUGAACCCUUGGAAAUUAGGGACCUUACUGCCACUUGGAUGCCUACUGCAAGUGGCCCACAUCCAUGCCUUGGUCAGCCAGGAGAGGAUACACCAUUUUGCUUCCAUAAGGAAUGAAUUGUCAGGUUUGCGCCCGCUGCACUACUCGAUUCUCGGAGGACGAAACGAUGACCAUGAACCUCUCUCGUCGAGCGUAGACUUCCCAGAAUAUCAUUUACUGCCGACAGAAGAGGACUGUAUCGAACUAAAAGAAGGGCAAAGGCUUGUCUGUAUUGGGGAUAUUCAUGGGGACUCAAAAGCCCUGCAAUCCAGCUUGAAAAUAGCAGGACUCUGUGAGAGCAAUACAUGGGUGGGAGGGAAUACCAUUCUUGUCCAAUGUGGAGAUGUUUUGGACAGAGGUUCGGAAGAACUCGCCUGUUAUUCCUUGCUCGCAAAGUUAUCACAAGAAGCAGAAAAAGAGGGAGGAAGAGUGAUAUGCUUGUAUGGCAAUCACGAAGCACUGAAUGCCUUUGGACAGUUCUCCUAUGCCACGUCCGACGAGGAGUACGAACAAGAAGUGGCUCCAGCAGUGGAUGGGGCCAUGGAUACGAAGGAAUGGAGAAAGCAGUACGUUGGAAAUCAACCUGCCCGGUGGGCUGCCUUUGAACCAAAUGGGCUACUUUCCAGACCACUGUUGGCGAAUAUGAAGGUUGCUGUGAAGGUAGGCAGGACAGUCUGUGUUCAUGCCGGCUUGACCAAGGAUCAUCUCGAUGACUUCGGAGGCAUCGAAUCCAUGAACCGAAAAGCCAGACAAUGGAUCACUGGUUCUAGUGGUGUCGUAUUCAACAAUCACGGCGAAUACGACAGUGUGUUGCAAGCUUGGGUCGAAGCUGAAGCUCGGCAAGCUGCCUACAUUGACACUGCCCCAAAAUUCCUGGACGGCGGUAUUGGGUCCACCUCUCCUAUCUGGAUGCGAGCUUAUUCUUCCCCAGGCGAUCAGCCACCCGCCAAUCCGAAGGCCCAAUCCAUGAUUGAUAGCGUCUUGAAAGCAUUGGACUGCGACCGAAUGGUUAUGGGACAUACCGUCCAACGGGAAAUCAAUUGUGCCUUGCAGGGCAAAGCCUGGCGAGUCGAUGUGGGAAUGUCUCGAGGGGUAGUCGGUGGGACUCCAGAAGUUUUGGAAAUUACAAUGCAAGAUGGUCAAGAGGUCAUCUCGGUGUUGAACGCUGCAGAUGGUCGAAUAGAAGGGAGUGAACGAAAUAUCUUGGCGUUGUCCAAUUUGUUUUAA